GUGGGGUGUUCGAGAGCAGAUCAUCAGCUUCUCUAGUCUCCGGUAAUCAGAUCUCACUUUCUGGUACAGGAGAAGAAGAAGAAGAAGUUUUUUUUCAGUGCUUGAGGAGGAUCUGCCAUAUCCAUCAGAGGUUUUCAAACAAUGGUUUUACUACAGUUGGAUCCGUUUCUGAAUGAACUCACGAGCAUGUUCGAGAAAAGCAAAGAGAAGGGUUCCGUGUGGGUUACUUUGAAAAGAUCAUCUUUGAAGUCGAAGCUGCAGAAGAGGAAACUGAGCGCGGCUGGUGAAUCCAUAGAGUACAGAUGCCUUAUUCGAGCUACUGAUGCUAAGAAAACGAUCUCUACUUCGGUUGGGGCUAAGGAUCAUUUGAGAUUUCAAGCAUCUUAUGCUACCAUUCUUAAAGCUCACAUGACUGCUUUGAAGAAGAGGGAGAGGAAAGACAGGAAAAAACCAACAGAGGCAGAAAAGAAAGAAAGCACUUCAACCUCUACUAAACCCAAGAAACUUUGAUCUUCUCUUUUUUUCUUUUGUAUUCUCAUUUGAUUUGCAAUUAUUGCUUAUAAAUUGAAUUUUUGAAAGAUAUUGACAUUCAAGAACAGAAUCAUUUAUUAAAAAAAGCCUUAAGACAAACCUAAAAAA